AUGAUUUCUGGAAGAUGUGCUGCUUGCAAAAAUCAAAGAAGAAAAUGCCCUUCUGAUUGCAUUUUUUCUCCAUAUUUUCCUGCCAAUGAUCCUCAAAAAUUUGCUUGUGUCCACAAAAUCUAUGGUGGCAGUAAUGUUGGAAGAAUGCUUCAGGGAAUCCCAACCUAUCUAAGAGAACAAGCUGCAAAUGCAUUGUAUUUAGAAGCAAAAUGGAGGAUUGAUGACCCUGUUUAUGGAUGUGUUGGCAUUAUCUCUUCAUUCUAUGAACAAAUUCAAAAUGCAGAAAUUGAGCUAGCAAAAAUUCAAACUCAGGUUGCUUUCUACAAACUUCAAACCCAACAUGUUGAAGCUGAACCAAAUUCGGAGGUUUUGCAAUCACAAAGCAUCAAUAUGGAGAAAUUUGAGUGGGACAAUCCAACUAUAACUUCAUGGUUCAAUUGA